CGUCAUAAGACUGCGCCGCACUCCUGCAUCUGUUGUGAUUCAGCUGGAGAAAGAAAAACUCCUGGUGAAGCGACUGAGAUCCACAUGAUACACUAUUAUAAAGCUGGAAUGUAUUAAAGAAGAGAGUGAAGACUUAAAGAUGGCGUUUAUUAAAGAGGAGACUGAAGACAUAAAGAUUGAAGAAACAUUCAGUGUGAAACAAGAAGAAACUGAGGAACAAACAGACCUGAUGGCACUGAAAGAGGAGAGUGAAGUACUGAAUGAAAUGGAAGAGAAAUAUCAAAAUAAUCAUCAUGAUUUCAUUACUGAAGAAAAACCUUGUAGUUGCUCACAGACUGAAAACACUUCCUCACAAAUGAUAGCUGAAAAGACAGGGACUAGAAGUCAUUUCAGCUGCAAACAGUGUGGAAACAGAUUAAAUCAAAACACAAGCUUUAACAGGCAAACAGAAAUUCACACUGAAAAGCCUUACACGUGUCCUCAGUGUGGAAAGAGUUUUUAUCAUAAAGGACACUUUAAAGACCACUUGGUAGUUCAUACUGGAGAAAAGCCUUUCACCUGCCAACACUGUGGAAAACGUUUCACCCGAAAAGAAACUCUUAAUUACCACAUGAGAAUUCACACUCAAGAGAACUUUUUCACUUGCCAAAAGUGUGGAAAAAGUUUCACCCGAAAGGCAAGCCUUAACAGGCACAUGGAAAUUCACAUUGAUAAGUCUUACAUGUGUCCUCACUGCGGAAAGAUGUUUUAUCAUAAAGGACACUUUGUAGACCACUUGGUUGUUCACACUGGAGAGAAGCCUAUCACCUGCCAACAGUGUGGAAAAAGUUUUAACCAAAAAGGAUGCUUUAACAGGCAUAUGAGAAUUCACACAAGAGAGAAGCCCUUUACCUGCCAACAGUGUGGAAAAAGUUUCAACCAAAAAGGAAGCUUUAACAGGCACAUAAGAAUUUACACAAGGGAGAAGCUGCUUAUAUGUGGUUAAGGUGGAAAGAGUUUCAAAUGUAAAGAAACCCUUGAGUAAUACAUGAGGAUUCAUGUAUGAACGGUUUAUAUGUCUUUAGUGUGGAAUGAGUUUUACAGACAGGAAACACCUCAGGAAUUAUGUAAUUACUAUAACAGAUGUUGUUUGUUAAAACGUACAGUAUCUGUAUUUAGCAUUAUUUUCAAUGCUUGUGGCCUAAAAGACAAAGGAAAUGUAUUGAGUGUGGAAUCUGUCUAAAAUUGAUGCCAGACUACGUCCUUAACUAUGGUUCGCCCAGUACUGCACAACACAACUAAACUGAACCAAGCAAACAUAAGUUCACAACACAAUGGAAAAAAAGCCACAACACAGCGAAAUUGAGCCACAACACAAUGGAAAUACUCCCGACCACUAGGGGUCUCUAUGAGCUCAAAGUUAGUUUUCCUUGCAAAGUUGGCAGUUUUACAAAGAUAUAAAUACCACAAUGAGGUUUAACAGUAUGCAACCACUGUAUAUUGACAUGAAAUAGUAAUUCAUAAUUAUCUACAUGCAUUAUAGCUGACAAAAUUCUUAAAACAUAAUUUGUAUUCAUUAAAAUUACUUUCAACAUUUAAAAUUGGAAAUGUUCAACUAAUCUUUCCUGAGCUUGGAGAGCCCCCUAGUGGUUGGGAGCACUUCCGUUGUGUUGUGGCUUGUUUCCGCUGUGUUGUGGCUUUAUUUUGUUGUGUUUUGAACUUGUUUGCUUUUUAAAUUUAGUUGUGUUGUGCACUACUGGGCCACUGUACUUGGCUGAAAAGCAGCAUGACCCCCUCUCAUUAGUUAGUGUCAGGAAGUCUGUUGAUCAGAGUGUUGGACUGUUAUUUACUAAGUUAACAAAAUUCCAUGAUGUCAUAUGCAAAUAUAGUAGUCAACAUUUGAAGUGGAUCAAAAGGUUUUAUCAAAGUUAUUCUAAAACCUUCUUCUUAAGAUUAGGUUAGUUCUUAGGACAACUUUGAACUUUUUUGAUCCACUUAAAAUGUUGACUACUGUAGUAUGCAGCAGUAUAUUUUAUAAAAAAUGGUUUACAUAAUCUUACCGUCAUCAGAAUGUGAUUUAGUGUACAUAAUUCACUUGACAACUGGAAAUAAAUUGAUUACAAACUGGUUUUAUAUAUA